GAAAGAAUGUCUAUCCCUAAUGACACCCAGCUCCAUCCUUCUUCAUUCCUUUUGCUGGGCAUCCCAGGGCUAGAAGAUGUGCAUGUUUGGAUUGGAUUCCCCUUUCUAUUCCUGUAUCUUGUUGCACUCCUGGGGAAUGCUGCUGUCCUGUUUGUGAUCCAGACUGAGCAUAGUCUCCAUGAGCCCAUGUACUACUUCCUGGCCAUGUUGGACUCCAUUGACUUGGGGCUGUCCACAGCCACCAUCCCCAAAAUGCUGGGUAUCUUCUGGUUCAGCCUCAGGAAGAUCUCUUUUGAAAGCUGUCUUUCCCAGAUGUUCUUCAUCCACUUCUUUACUGUUAUGGAGAGCAUUGUGUUGGUGGCCAUGGCAUUUGACCGCUACAUUGCCAUUUGUAAACCCCUUCGCUAUACCAUGAUACUCACCAGCAAAGUCAUUAGCAUUAUUGCAGGCUUUGCUAUUCUGCGGAGCCUGUGCAUGGUGGCCCCACUGGUGUUUCUUCUACUGAGGCUGCCCUUCUGUGGGCAUCACAUCAUCCCUCAUACCUACUGUGAGCACAUGGGCAUUGCCCGUCUGGCCUGUGAUAGCAUUAAAGUGAAUAUAUUGUUUGGCCUUGGCAACAUUUCUCUUUUAUUAUUGGAUGUGCUCCUAAUUAUUCUCUCCUAUGCCAGGAUCCUUUAUGCAGUCUUUUGCCUGCCUUCUUGGGAGGCUCGGUUCAAAGCCCUCAACACCUGUGGCUCACACAUUGGUGUUAUCUUAGCAUUUUUUGUACCUGCCUUUUUUUCUUUCUUGACACAUCGCUUUGGCCACACUAUCCCCCGAUAUGCCCACAUUGUCUUGGCAAAUCUAUAUGUGGUAGUUCCACCAGCCCUCAAUCCUGUAAUCUAUGGGGUAAGGACCAAGCAGAUUAGAGAGAGAGUUAUGAGGAUUUUCCUCAAGACAGAUAGCUAAGCAGUCAGAGAUCUUGGAAGUUCUAAAUAGAACUCUUGUUUCCUGCCCUGUAAAAAGUACAUUGCUUAUGACUAACCAAGUAGAAAAGAAGGAAGACAAAGAAAAAUAUUGAGACCAAUAACAUUAAUUAUCUUUGAGUUGCAGGUUUUAUUAUCUAAAGUUAAUAAUAUGUACAUUAAUGAUAAUAUUGGAUUGAGACAUUCUGUACCUUCAUCCUAAAAGAUGGAUUUAGACCAUUACUUUAAACCAUAGAGAAGAUUAACGUACAAUUGAUCAAAGGAU